AUGGUGGGGUUGACUUUGAUGAAUAUUUUCUCUUUAUUUGAACUCGUGAUUUUUCCGAAUCUUCAUUCCAGGUUCUAUUCUCAAGGAAAAUAUUACUUCAAGGAAAGUUCAAAAACCAAACAGACAACAGAUUUUAGAGAAUCAACAAUACCUCAGACUGAUUAUAAACCUGAUUUAGUUAUCUAA